GAGAAUUUAAUUAAUGACUCAACAACAAUGUAUAUGCGGAAACACACGUGCAAUAAGCAAAUAAAAUGUGUCGAUACGAUUGCAAUGUGUUUUUGUCACGUACAAUUGGAUAACCUCAUUGUUAAAAGCGCGAUGAGCUUCGAUUCAGUCUUGAGUCGUGCAAGAGACACCUGAUCGAAACGUAAUUGAACUCACGACAAACGUUCGCAAACUGUAAUUGAAAGAUGUAUCUUCAUCACAUCAGAGUGUAUCGAAUCACUUUGAUUCUGGCGAUAGUGGCGAUUACGUGUCGAAUUUCCUGGGCUAGUACACAGUGCAAGACGGCCGUGAUGGAUGUGCACAUGAAGAGAUGUAGACUCGGUGCUGGUAGAAUCAAGAGAGGCUUGGAGAGAUUUGAUCUAAAGCACGAUGAUACAUUGAAAUAUGAUAAGAAGUCAAAAAAACAGGAAGGUCCUGAUUCUUCUGAGGUGAAUGACUGGCCGUCUCGCGGCACCCCACAGAAGAGGCAGAUACUGGGAGAUGUCGCGAGCGAUUUCGUCCAGCCGAUGAUGCGUGUUAUGGGCAGCGCUACCCAACCUAAAGUCCCAUUCGGGACAGGAUUGUACGACAGCUUCGAUCCGAGCGAUCUGGGACCUCUUUCCACUUGGUCAAGUCUUCCCCCGGUACUUUAUUUCCUCGGCCAGGGACUGAGAACCUUACAUCUGCAGGAUAAUAACAACGAUCUCGGUUUUGAUCUUGACGACGAAGAACUAGAUGAACUAUACAAUGAUAUCUACAAAAGGCAACCGAGAGGUUCGAAAGAAGAAGCUUGGAAGGCUUUCGUAGAGACAGCAUCAAAGUGCUGCCAAAAUGUCGACAGAUGUCUGAAGGAAACAACGUUCAUACCGUGUCUGAUAUAAGUCAAAUUUUUGAAAAUUAGGAACGACUCAAAAUUGACGUUGCUUGAAGAAGCAUAAAUAAAGAUUAUAAAUGCGAUAUUAU